AUGAGUACCGCACCGGAUGUGCCGCCCAGCUUGGGCCCGCGCCCGUACCAUUAUACCGCCGAUGACCACCGUGGGCUCGUUCUGACCAUCAGCAUUCUGUUUGUCGUGUAUUCGCUCAUGGUGCUGGCGAUGCGGUUGGCGAGCAAAUACAGAAACAUGGGCGUCGAAGACUGGCUCGCCGUGGCCGCAACGACUAUCGCUCUCCCACACUUCGUCGUCAUUAUAAUAGCGACCGUCGAUGGUGGAUUUGGCUCUUCAUAUACCCUGCUGUCUGAUAGCGAUGCGCACACGGUCGCAAGGUCACUGCGUGCGAGUGAUGUAUUCUUCCUGCUCGCCCUCUUCGUGGGCAAAUGCUCAGCCAUCUGGCUCUGCCGGCGACUCUUCGCGCUCGGUCAACAUCGCAAUCUUCGGUUCUGCGAACUCACCAUGGCCUUGUGCGCGAUUUGGUGCGUCGGGUCCAUCAUCGCAGUCACCGCGGGAUGUUCCUCCACCGAAGUCAUUCGAGCAGGACAGGAACACUGCUCAGGACUGGUCACUCGCUGGAUUGUCGUCGGCCUGUUCGAUGCCUUGCUGGAAUUCCUUAUCCUCGGCCUUUCCAUCAUUGUCAUCUUCCCACUCCACAUGAGCAUGCAACGCAAAGUGCAAGCGUCGCUAUGCUUCUUCCUCAGGCUACCGAUCAUCAUCCUCAUCUGCCUCCAAAUUAAAUAUGUCGCAGACUUCGACGCCGCGUCCAAUGCCAACGCAGGCAUCGCACUGACUCGCCCGAUCCUCCUGCGCCAGUCCGAGGUACUCUACUCGCUCCUAUCCGCGGCCAUCCCGGCCCUGAACCAAUAUCUCCGCAAAUUCGACACCACACAAGCCACCGUGUUCGGAUACAAUGCCAACACACACGGCUCUACGGGCCGCUCUGGCGCGUAUCAGAUGGACUCGCUGCACGCCAGCGGGCAGAGGAGCAAGAAUGGUGGGAGCCACGCGAACACGAAGAACUACUCUCACUUGGACGGCACCGAUGAGCCACUGACUGAUGAAGCCCAGCGGGUCGGAAAGAGCACGGGUAUCAACUUCGUCCCGGCAAAUCACGCGCAGUACCAUGCCAGCGUGGAGGGGCCACAGGGCCAGGGCGAAGCGUUCGCCAACGAUGGCAGAUCAAACGCCUCGCACGAGGAAGGGUCCCUGGGACGCCAUAAUAGCGAGGAGUUUAUCAUUCGCAAGGACGUCGAGUAUACGGUCCGGCAUGAAGAUCGUUGA